GGAGAUCUGGCAACCCUGGUGGUACAUAACACAUCGUGCGAUUUUAAACAUGGCAGCUGCUGCCGGGUCGCGGUCCUCAACGCAUAACAACGCGGGCAUGGAGGGCUUCCCGUUCCCCGUGGCUGGCAGACCACCCGAGGCAAGCACGAGUACGGAUCAGACCACUAACGUUACCGGAGAGCCGAAAAAGAAACCGUGCCGAGCGUGUACGGAUUUUAAAUCAUGGAUGAAGCUGCAGAAACAGACGUCCUCAGCUUCAGUGCAGGAGAGCAAGGCGGUGGAGGAGGCUAAGCCUGUUGAAUGCCCUCUGGACAGAGAGGAACUGGGCAGGAGCUCAUGGUCUUUUCUUCACACUAUGACUGCAUAUUAUCCAGACGCACCGACCACAGAACAACAGGGGGAGAUGACACAGUUCAUCAACCUCUUCUCAAAGGUUUUCCCAUGUGAUGAAUGUGCAGAGGACCUGAGAUCAAGAUUGAAAACAAAUCAACCAGACACUAGCAGUCAGCACAACCUCUCACAGUGGAUGUGUCGCCUCCAUAAUGACAUCAACAUCCGAUUAGGCAAGCCAGAGUUUGACUGCAGCAAGGUGGAUGAGAGAUGGCGAGAUGGCUGGAAAGAUGGAUCUUGUGACUGAAAACCUCCAACACAAUCAUGAACAUGAGCAAUAUGCAGCCACACACUGAUUUUGUGGACCUUUCCUUUUUGUUGCAAGUGCCAUUCAGGAGUCAUGCAUAAACACGAUACAUGUUGACUUUGCACUAAUUGAUUGAGUGAUUUAUUCAUAAUCAAGAGCAUUGCUGUCUACAAGAGUAUGGUGUUAUGGCCCAUAAUGUUUUGUAAUUAUUGAGCUUUCAAUGGAUGUGAAUAGCCCAGAAACAACUGGAUGAACUUUGUAAAAGAUCUGUGCAACAGCUGGAAACAAAAAUGCUUUGUUUAGAGCAGUGGUUCUCAGUAUUUUUAACUUCAAGAUCCCUCAUUGUAAAACAACAACUGAAUAUUCCCAGAGAUAUUUUGGAUAUUUUUGCUAGAAUGACAAAUUAAAAUAUUUUAUUGAUUGAAACGUGGAGUGGCAAUUAAAGGAAUAGUUUAAAAAGGAAAAUUUGCUUAAAAUGUAUUUACCAUCAUCCUAUUCUAAAAUGUAGAUGAGUUAGUUUCUUCAUUAGAAAAGAUAUGGAUAAAUUUAGCAUUUCGUGACUUGCUCAGCAAUGGGUCCUCUGCAGUGAAUGGGUGCCGGCAGAACGGGGGUCCAAACAGUUGAUAAAUAUAUCACAAUAAUCCACAAGUAAUCCACUUGUCUCCAGACUUUCAAUAAAUGUCUUGUGAAGUAAAAAGAAGUGUGUUUGUAAUAAACAAAUUCAUCAAGAAAUUCAUAAUGUCAAACGGAUAAAAUAGUUCUCUAUCCAUAAUAUUACCUUCUCCAGUGAAAAGUCACAUUGUUUGUGUUAUUUUAAAUAAUUUUAAACCAUCUUGCGGUCUCCAUGGAUGUGUGCUGUAAUUUCCUAUUUGCAUACAAAUGGUUUAGAGGUCUCAAUAAAUUAUUAAUAUUCAAGAAGGGGUAAAAAUAAAUUGAAUUGUUGGUCAUGUUCAAUUGCAUCAAGAUAAGCCUUUUAAAAU